UGCUUCAUGAUGCCCAGAUAUAUGACAUGAUGCGGACGAAGCAGAAGCCCAAUCCCGCAUUGCCUCAGCCACAGUACUACGGCAAUGCCAAGGCCGCCAAGGAGGACUACUGCGACAUGGUCAAGUCUCGUCACCCCGAGGUGGAUGACCCCUUGAGCAUUCCGGUCGACGAGGAGUCGUUGGUCCUGUCGGGGCACGGGCGUCCGCAUGGCCGUUUCCCUUGGCUGAAUAAGGCGGUCAAGCCUACCCACUCCACGAGCUACACGCGUCUCAAGCAUACCCUCACCGCCGACAGCCCCCAGCCUCGUCCACGGCCUGCUCGUCCACCCGCCUACGAUCCUGAGUUCGAGGCGGCCUUCGAAGCCUGCAAUGAAGCGUAUCAGCAGGCCGCUGCCCAGUGGAAUAGGCAGAAUACGGCCUACAUGGCGUAUAUAGGAGAAAUGAUGAUCUCUAUGUCUACUGGUACACCGCCACCGGCUCGAGUUACCGUGGCGGGGGACAUGCCUAUCAUGCCAUCGAGGGCAGCUUUCGCUGCGACUUACUACGGAUCCACACCGGAGGGAACGGGAUGGUCCGGGAACCAGGCAUCGCCGGGUGGGCGCGAGGUCACACCGGUUCAUGAAGGUGGUCGGUCUCCUGGGCGUUCUACUGGUGCCUCUCCGGCGACUACUCCUGGGACUACUCCCGGUGCCUCUCCGUCGACUUCUCCUAGGCGUACCACCGGUCCUUCUCCAGGUGGUUCUUCUGCAGCUUCUACCGGAGCGCAACCCCGGGCUGCUCGUUUCGCCAACGAUGUGGGCGGACACACCCCGCCCGGUUCCUUCCUCCGCUAGUCGGCACCGGGCUUCUUGCUUGCCAUC